AUGGCGGUGCCCGCCGGGACCACCCCGCGCAGCGCCGGGACCUCCGCGUGGGACCCAGCGGGAGCCUGCGGUGGGACGCGGUCCCAGCGGACCCUCCUCCGCGGUGGUAGGCGAGUGGGACGGAGCAGACCCGCACCUGUGGGCAGGCGGUGUCCGCCAUCCCCAGUGCGGUGCGCUCCCCACCGGGGCCGGCUGCGCUCAGCCGGGGAUGCGGAGCUGCCAUCGGUCGGGCAGCGGUGUCAGCCUGUGUCCCGCCGGCUAGAUCGGUGUGCCUAUGAGCCGGAUAGAAACGUGCUGCGAAGGAAAGAAUGGGAAAGGAGAAAUCAGGAGGCCCAGCAGGAGGAUGGCACAUUUAACACGAGUUACUCCCUCUUCAGUGAACCGUACAAGACUAACAAGGGGGAUGAGCUCUCAAACCGCAUCCAGAAUACACUGGGCAACUAUGAUGAAAUGAAAGACUUGUUAACUGAUCGAUCAAACCAGAGUCACCUUGUUGGGGUUCCAAAACCUGGGGUUCCUCAGACGUCUCUCCCCAAGCCCGACGAACAUCUUAUUGCAGAUUCGAGACCUCCACCUCCUCCUCCCAUUUCCAGCACUACUUCUUCCACACCAGCAGCCCUACCUGCCCAGCAUACCAAAAGUGCCACAAUGGGUUGGCAGAAGGCUGGGCACAAUGCCACUUCGGAUGGCCAGCAGAGAGCGAGCAAGCAUGGGCAUCGGUCGCUAGAGUCACACAAGGGUGACUUCAAACUGGCAAACCAAAAAUCCAGUCUGGAGAAACUAAAACGCUACAUAUCUAGUCCCACUUCCUCCUCCUCCUCAUCCAACAGUGCUCAGCAAAGUUCACUGAGGGCCACGCUAGGAGAAAAUGUCAACCGAGCACAGCAGCCGGCAAAGCUCAACAGUAGCUCUGAAGGAGGAGCUCAAGUGCAAGAGAGGCCAGCAAAGCACAGCAGUGGGCACUGUGUCCAAAACUUCCCGCCCUCUCUUGCUUCAAAGCCCAGUCUGGUUCAGCAGAAACCAACAGCAUAUGUAAGGCCAAUGGAUGGUCAAGACCAGGCUCCUGAUGAGUCUCCAAAGCUGAAGUUACCAGCAGAGACGACCAAGUCAUAUAGGGGAGUGCCUUCUAACAAGUCUGACUCGUCCAGGACUAAGUCAAAGAUAACCAAGUUCAGCAUUCCUAAGCAAGAAGAGGACAGUGGAACAGGAGACAAUAGCUGCAUUGAAGAAAUAUUGCGGGAGAUGACCCAUUCAUGGCCUCCACCACUGUCAGCUAUUCAUACACCAGGAAAGGCAGAACAAAGCAAAUUUUCCUUCCCAAACAAGGAGUCACAACAGGGAUCUACAGGACACAGCAAUACAAGGAAAAGUGAUGUAGAGCCAAAGAGUCCAGAGAAAAGCGCAACUCAUACAUCAAUGCUAGAAGAUGACCUCAAGUUAAGCAGUGACGAAGAAGAGAAUGAGCAGCAGGCAGCACAGAGAUCUGCUCUCCGCGUUCUAUCUGACAGCAGCCUCGUGGUGCCGCAAUCUAACACCCGAGCCUCAGGACUCUCCAGCAAGGGGUCAAGCAGUAGCAGCUCCAGUGAAUCCGAGACCAGCUCAGAGUCUGACUCGGAGAGUGAAAGCAGCUCCAGCGAAAGUGACGGCAGCAAGCCCUCUCAUUACUCCAGCCCAGAGCCUGAGCCACCCUCAUCCAACAAGUGGCAGCUGGACAAGUGGCUGAAUAAAGUCACUCCACAUAAAGCACCCAUCUUGACCCACCAUGAGGGCCCAGCACUGGAGGCCCAUCCCUACUACGGCUGUGUGAAGGCAGAACAGCAGGAGAGCGAGAAGAUCCCAGUUGCUGGCUCAGCUGAGCAUCGCAGUGGGGAAGGUCGUGCCAUCGCCACCGCCGCCACUGCCACCACUACUGUUGGGGACGGACCACGGCCUAGAACUGCCAACAAAGCACCGGGCAGCAAGGGCAGCCGGCAAAAGUCACCUCCUGCUGCUGACGGUGGGCCUCCGAGGCGGGCAGCAGGGAAGAAGGCACCACGGCGGGCCGAGAGGACCACUGCUGGGGACAGCCCCCACUGCCCCGGUGCGGAGGAGCCCCUCAGGAACCACAGCUUUGCAGAAAGCACUCCUGGUGCCGAGGCACCAAGGGCCUGGCCCGGCAGCAGCAGCGGCGGUGGCUGCAGAGCAGGGCACCGCCGGGAGCCUCGCUCAGCCACAGCUGGUGAGAAGCGUCGGGCUCGGGGCCCAAGCAAAACGGCACCCAAAUCCAAGGAGUUUAUAGAGACUGAGUCUUCGUCCUCAUCAUCCUCCUCUGACUCAGGCUCUGAGUCAGAGCGAGAGGAGCCCCCACUGCCCAAGGCACCAGCAGUGGCUGGGGCAGAGCCACGCGCCAAGGACACAGGGACCGGUGCCACCAGCAAAUCCCACAGUGGCUGCAGUGCCUUUGGCUCCAUUAAUGCAAGGACUAGUAGUGAAAUAGCAAAGGAGCUGGAGGAACAGUUUUACACCCUGGUUCCUUUCGGUAGGAAUGAGCUCCUGUCUCCUCUGAAAGACAGUGAUGAGGUAAAGUCACUGUGGGUCAACAUUGACUUGGCUCUUUUGUCCAGGAUUCCUGAGCGUUUGCCUGAAGAGUCACUGGCCAUGAGCGCUGGAACAAGCCAGGCGGCCAGCCUUCCACAGGGUAGUAGUGCUGACUCCCCCACAGAGAAGAGUUUUCCAAAAUCUAGAAGGAAACGCAAGUGUGAGAAUGAGGAAGAGUGCAGAGACAUCAAGAAGACUCACUUAGAGCGAGAGAGUUCUUCACGAUUAGCUGCCUCUGCCCAUAGCACCACAACAGCAAAUCACUGCAAUAUGAAUGAAAAUAGCUUGGCAAUACCAAUAAAUAAAAAUGAGAAAAUGCUUCGGUCACCCAUCUCUCCUCUCUCUGAUGCAUCAAAACACAAAUACUCCAACGAUGAUUUAACUUCCUCCAGCAGACCUAAUGGCAGCAGUCUAUUACCUUCCAUCUCCUCCAGCAAAAAACAUAAGGGUGAAAUCCAGUCACAGACACAUCCCGGAGACUUCAAUAAAGCAAUUCACAUCAAUUCAGAAAACGUUCUUCUCAGCAAUAAGCCACAGUCCCAAACAGAGCCUUGGUCACCUCUGUCCAGCACACCCAGAGACUGCAGAAGGACAAAGCUUAUCUUUGAUGAUAUGCCACGCAAUGCAGAUUACUUUAUGCAGGAAGCUAAACGGAAGAAGCAUAAAGCAGAUGCAAUGGUGGAAAAGUUUGGAAAGGCACUGAAUUAUGCAGAAGCAGCACUAUCGUUUAUUGAGUGUGGAAAUGCAAUGGAACAAGGCCCAAUGGAAUCUAAGUCACCUUAUACAAUGUAUUCAGAAACAGUUGAACUCAUCAGGUAUGCAGUGAGACUAAAAACCCACUCAGGCCCCAACGCCACACCAGAAGACAAACAGCUGGCAGCAUUAUGUUACCGCUGCCUGGCCCUUCUGUAUUGGAGGAUGUUCCGACUCAAGAGGGAUCAUGCGGUCAAGUACUCGAAAGCACUUAUUGAGUAUUUCAAGAAUUCAUCAAAAGCUGCCCAGAACCCAUCUCCUUGGGGUGCCAGUGGAAAGAGCACAGGAACUCCAUCACCCAUGUCCCCUAGCCCUUCUCCAGUCAGCUCUGUAGGAUCCCAGGGGAGCACAGGGGCACCUUCCCCUUCUCCUAUCAUCAGCAUCCCACAGCGCAUCCAUCAGAUGGCUGCGAACCACGUCAGUAUCACCAACAGCAUCCUGCACAGCUAUGACUACUGGGAGAUGGCUGACAACCUGGCCAAGGAAAACAGAGAUUUUUUCAAUGACUUGGAUGCAUUGAUGGGCCCUGUCACCUUGCACAGCAGUAUGGAGCAUUUAGUUCAGUACACGCAACAAGGACUUCACUGGGUGCGGAACAGCGCUCACCUGUCAUAA